CUCCCCAGGAGUAGCAAUGCUCCCUCUGCCUGCCAAACCCACACUGUGCAGCAGUGCGAUGCUGUUGUCAUCAAGGCUCGAAAACCGUCCAGUGCAAUGUCAGCAAAAAGCCAUCUCUGACCACAUCAGAGACAUCUGGUUUGGAACCCCAGAGGGAGAGUUUGUGUCCAUGGGCAUUAUCUCUGAUGGCAACUCCUAUGGUGUUCCUGAUGAUCUGCUCUACUCAUUCCCUGUUACAACCAAGGUGAGGCAUUUGGGAUUAUUUUCCUCCAUCCCCUAAGGGGAAAGUAAUUGU